ACCCUCAACCCCACAAUGCCAUCUAUUCAGCUGCCACUGUUGCUCCUCUGCCUGACCUUGUGUGGUGUGUGCCUCAAGGAGAGGCCACCCUUUCCAGAGGGAAGUGAGAACAUGGGAAGAAGUCCCCUGGACGAGAUCCUGCAGAGAUCUGACAGCCUCAUUCUCCAGUCUGUCUUCAAGAAAGCUGAAAAGGAAGGAGAGAUUAAUAAAGAAUCAAAUGUGCCUCUGCCAGAAUGGCUUUCCAAAAGACAACACCUUGGGAAAAAGUACUUGAGUGAGCUGGAGAAGAGACAGCAUCCUGGGAAAAGAGAUGUUGAGGAAGACACAUCUUAUGGAGACAUCCAGAAGAGGCAGCAUCCAGGGAAAAGAGAGAUAGAAGAUGACCUUAACAGCUCUCUGGAGCUGAAAAAGCGACAGCAUCCUGGCAGAAGGUCACUGUUGGCACAGGAUGCUGACAACCCUAGUUUACAGCUGGCCUACUUGAAUGAGUUAUCCAAAAGACAGCAUCCGGGCAGAAGGUAUCUGAUCUACAAGCACCAGCAUCCUAGCAAGAGAGGCUGGAAUGAUGAGGUAAACUUAAAUGAUCGAUAUGGUGAGAAACACCAGAACCCUGGAAAAAAGCACUGGAAUUUCAACAGCCCAGAUGAUGCAGGACCCUGCAACUUUCAGGAGUCCUUCACCUGUAACAAAGGCAGCUUGUUGCUUGAUCUAGUAGAAAAUGUUGGCAAAGAAAAACGCCAGCACCCAGGAAAGAGAUCAGCAUGGGAGGGUGAAACAGAAGAAUGA